GCACUUAUACCGAAUGGCUGCACGCGAAUUUAAUUUUAAACUGUCAAAUUAGUAAAUAAAGCGGGCGCAAGGUGAUACUGAUAUUUGGCACGUUAAAUGCAGGGUGUUUCCGACUAAACAGGUUUUUUAAUUAACAUCCGGCUGAGUGAACGAGUUUCGCAAUAGGUUUUUACUAUUUAACGUUACUAUUACGUUCGCAAUUUUCAAAACUAAAAUCAAAACUAAUUAUCUACUUUUUGCAAAAGUCCAUGCUUACCAUAUUAACACUUUCACUUCCUCUACAGAUCUACACAUAUCGCGGCCGCAAUCAUCGCAUUCAUCUACAACUCUGGGACACUGCCGGUCAGGAGCGUUUUCGUUCUUUGACCACUGCUUUCUAUCGCGACGCCAUGGGCUUUCUGCUCAUCUUCGAUAUGACCAACGAGAAAUCAUUCCUUGAAAUCACCAAUUGGUUAGAGCAAUUGCGCAUGCAUGCCUACUCCGAGGAUCCGGAUGUAGUGUUGUGUGGCAACAAAUGCGAUUUGGAGGCAGCGCGUGCGGUUAGUCAUGAACAGGUACGAGCACUUGCCGAUCGCUAUGGUUUGCCCUACAUCGAAACAAGCGCAUGCACUGGCUUCAAUAUUCGACAGGCUGUGGAAUUGCUGGUGGAACGCGUAAUGAUACGCAUGGAGAAUGUAGCAACUAAUUCCGAACUAUCGCGACUGAUGACACAGACACGUUGCAUGCCAAAUAUAGGAUUCCCCGGUGGUGGGGGUGGUGGUAAUGGUGGUACGGUGCGUCUUGGUUAUGGCGAUGCAGAACUGACUGAGGAGCAAGCGCAAGAUAAAAAUUGCCGGUGUUAAAAGUACGGUCAUACUCUUUUAACUGAUUAAACUAUGCAUAUUUGCUGUUUGGUACAAUAAUAUUUUAAUAUACUAAUACCUAGUAGUUAGCUGUGUGAGUUUGUGAAAGCGACUUUUUAAAACAAAGUGGUGCCAAUGUUGUUACAAAUUUAAAAAAAA